GCCGGGUGCGCUCGCGUGAUACGGUCCCGGAAGUCGGCCGGGUUGCGGGGCUGCGGGGCUGCGGGGCUGCUGGGCUGCUUCCCUUGGAGUUUCCGUGAUUCAUGCCCGCUUGGAGGCGGCAGCGGCGCGAUGUUCUCCGCAGGAGCGGAAAGUUUGCUCCACCAGGCCAGGGAGAUCCAGGACGAGGAGCUGAAGAAGUUCUGUUCCCGGAUCAGUAAAUUACUGCAGACGGAGGACUUGGGGCCGGACACCGUCGACUCCCUGCAGAGGCUCUUCCUCAUCAUCUCAGCCACAAAGUACCACCGGAGGCUGGAGAAGACGUGCAUAGACCUGCUGCAGGCUACCCUCAGCCUGCCUGCGUGCCCCGAGCAGCUCCAGGUGCUCUGCACCGCCAUCCUGCGAGAGAUGUCCCCCUGCGACAGCCUCAGCCUGGCCUGGGAUCACACCCAGAACAGCCGGCAGCUGAGCCUGGUGGCCUCUGUGCUCUUGGCCCAGGGUGACAGAAAUGAGGAGGUCCGAGCCGUGGGCCAGGGCGUGCUGCGGGCCCUGGAGAGCCGGCAGCCAGAGGGGCCCAGCCUCAGACACCUCCUCCCCGUCAUGGCCAAGGCCGUGGUCCUCAGCCCGGGCACCCUCCAGGAGGACCAGACCACCCUGCUCAGCAAGCGGCUGGUCGACUGGCUGCGCUAUGCCAGCCUCCAGCAAGGGUUCCCGCACUCCAGCAGCUUCUUCUCCACGCCCAGGACCCGGCAGCCGGGCCCCAUCACCGAGGUGGAUGGGGCGGUGGCCACAGACUUCUUCACGGUGCUAUCUACCGGCCACCGCUUCACGGAGGACCAGUGGCUGAACGUGCAGGGCUUCUCCAUGCUGCGGGCGUGGCUGCUGCACAGCGGCCCUGAGGGCCCAGGUGCCCUGGACACAGAUGACGGGUCAGAGCAGGAAGGCUCCACGCUGUCGGUGAUCUCCGCCACCUCCUCCACUGGCCGCCUGCUGCCACCCCGAGAGCGGCUUCGGGAGGUGGCCUUCGAGUACUGCCAGCGCCUCAUCGAGCAGAGUAACCGGCGAGCCCUGAGGAAGGGGGACUCUGACCUGCAGAAAGCUUGCCUGGUGGAGGCCGUGCUGGUGCUGGACGUGCUGUGCCGGCAGGACCCGUCCUUCCUGUACCGCAGCCUCUCCUGCCUGAAGGCCCUGCACGGGCGGCUGCAGGGGGACCCCGCCUCUGUGCGGGUGCUGCUGCCGCUCGCCCGCUUCUUCCUGAGCCAUGGGGAGGUGGCUGCGGUGGACUCGGAAGCUGUCUACCGGCACCUGUUCACCAGGAUCCCAUCUGAGCAGUUCCACAGCCCCAUGCUGGCCUUCGAGUUCAUCCAGUUCUGCAGGGACAACCUCCACCUGUUUGCUGGGCACCUCAGCACCCUCAAAUUGAGCUUCCCCAACCUCUUUAAGUUCCUGGGCUGGAACAGCCCACCCCUCACCUCCGAGUUCGUGGAGCUCCUCCCGGCCCUGGUGGACGCCAGCACGGCGCUGGAGAUGCUGCACGCACUGCUGGACCUGCCGUGCCUGACUGCGGCACUGGACCUGCAGCUCAGGUCAUCACCAGCUCCAUCUGAGAGGCCACUCUGGGACACCUCUCUCAGGGUCCCCAGCUGCCUGGAGGCCUUCCGGGACCCACAGUUCCAGGGUCUUUUCCAAUACCUGCUGCGCCCCAAGGCCAGUGGCACCACUGAGAGGUUGGCACCGCUCCACCAGCUGCUGCAGCCCAUGGCCGGCUGCGCCCGUGUGGCCCAGUGUGCUGAGGCCGUGCCCACACUGCUGCAGGUGUUCUUCUCAGCGGUGACCCAGGUGGCUGAUGGGGCCCUGACCAACCAGCUGGCACUGCUGCUCCUGGGCAGGAGCGACUCUCUCUACCCAGCACCAGGGUACGCGGCCCGUGUACACAGGGUGCUGAGCUCCCAGUUCCUGGCCCUGUGUAAGCUGAAGCCCUCGCUGGUGGUGGAGCUGGCGAGAGACCUCCUGGAGUUCCUGGGCAGCGUGAAUGGCCUCCGAGGCAGGGCGAGCCUCGUCACCAGCGUGGUGUGGGCCAUCGGCGAGUACCUGUCGGUGACCUACGAUCGGAGGUGCACCGUGGAGCAGAUCAACAAGUUCUUCGAAGCCCUGGAGGCCCUGCUGUUCGAGAUCACCCAGUGCCGCCCCUCUGCCACCCUGCCUGGCUGUCCCCCACAGGUAGUCACUGUGCUGAUGACGACGCUGACGAAGCUGGCCUCCCGGAGCCAAGACCUGAUCCCCAGGACCUCUCUGUUGCUGUCAAAGAUGAGGAACCUGGCUCAGAGCCCGGCCACGAGCUCCACGCACAGUGAGGAGGGCGUGGAAGCCAUCCGCACCCGGGCCACGGAGCUGCUGACCCUGCUGAAGAUGCCCAGUGUGGCCCAGUUCGUGUUCACGCCCAGCGCGGAGGUGUGCAGCCCCCGCUAUCACCGCGAUGCCAACACAGCCCUGCCCCUGGCUCUGCGCACAGUCAGCCGGCUGGUGGAGAGGGAGGCCGGACUCCUGCCAGGGUGAAGGGACAGUGGCCAGGGAUGCUGGCGCAGAUUAAGAACCUGGGGCCACCAGCUUGCUGUUAGGGCCAAGCUGUCAGCUUUUGUGAUGGAGAGGAACUCAGGAGGGCACGGGAGUCCUGGGAGAGAGGCAGGGCCCAGGCUGCGCUUGGUGCCCUUAGCGACACUCAGAGCUGGCCCCCUGUUCACCCUCUGGGCUUUGUCUCCGAGCUUUUUGCUCCUCGGCCAUGCUGAGCUGAGCUGAGCUGAGCUGAGGGGAGCUGUGGAGCGGCUCUGAUGGGAGGCUGAGGCCUUGUGGCUGGGCUGGGUGGAGGCUGCCGGGUCUGUUUCCUAGUCUUUGUUCUUGGGCAGUUUAGGGGCAGGAAAAGGUGCAAUAAAAAUAAAUAUCCUUUAACAAGUG